AAUUUUUAUUCUCUUAAAUUAUCGAAAAUUUUGAAUAAUAGUGUUGGAAUAGGUAAAAGAUUAGAAAAGCCAUUUGUAAUCAGUGACCUUUUAGAUGUAAAGAAACUUCUAGCUAAGCUGGUCUAUGAUAUUGCUAAUGAACUUCCAUUGGUUCAGUAUAAUUGUGAAUUUGAUGAUAAUGAUGUGGAGAUAUGA